UACGAAACCCUAGCCCUUCCUACCGUCUCAGUUGCCGUCGCUUUUACCUUGCAGGAGCCUUCUCCCCUACCUCAAACCCAUUCUCUUCAGCGGGAAAACCCUAGCCCUUCCUACCAUCUCAGUUGCAGCUGCUUUUACCUUGCAAGAGGAAGCCUUCUCUCCUACUUUAAACCCAUUCUCUUCACCGGGAGCUGCCACCAUGGGACGCGUUCGCACCAAGACAGUGAAGAAAUCCUCUCGACAGGUGAUUGAGAGGUACUACUCUCGAAUGACACUCGAUUUCCACACCAACAAGAAGAUCUUGGAGGAAGUAGCCAUCAUCCCAUCGAAGCGCCUCCGCAACAAGAUCGCUGGGUUUUCUACCCAUCUCAUGAAGCGCAUCCAAAGAGGCCCAGUUCGUGGGAUAUCUCUCAAACUCCAGGAAGAAGAACGUGAGAGGCGUAUGGACUUUGUACCCGACGAAUCCACUAUUAAAAUUGAUAACAUUGAGGUCGACAAGGAAACUAUCGAUAUGCUCACUGCCCUGGGCAUGGCUGAUCUUCCCGGCGUUGUCAAGCAAGUCGAUACCACUACGGCUCCGACAUCUGGUUACGGUAGAGGUGGUGGCUAUGGAGGUAGGAACUAGCGCAUGACCAAGGUCCUUGAACAAAUAAGUUAACGAGGCCACCACCAUUGUGACCAUUCUGAGGUUUGGGGACUCGCCGAAAUGUUUAUUGUAAAAAUAUUUCCAUCCUAUGAUGGUCACCAGAUUGUAUCUCUCUUUUUUGCAAGUUUAUGCCUCUGCUACUUUAGUAUCUGUAGAAAGCUCAUGAGAAUUCCCAGAAGAAAUUUUUGCAGAUGGUUUGCCACUGA